UGUGUGAGUGACAAGUUGCGAUUUUCCUCAAAGUUAUUGCUAUGGCGGUUGAUCACUUUCUUCACAGCAAAAAGAUAUGGCAUACACUUUUAUCAUGGUCAGGGAUGUUUUUUAUGCUGGCUUUGCACAGUAAAGCCUCGAGGCUGAACCGGUGGGAGUGGGACUCUGUGAUUCGAUUGCCAACCGAACCGGUAGAAGCUGACACAGAUGAAGUAGGCACACGAUGGGCGGUUCUCGUGGCCGGUUCAAGCGGCUAUGGCAAUUACAGACAUCAAGCGGAUGUGUGCCAUGCAUACCAGUUGUUGAGGAAAGGUGGAUUGAAAGAAGAAAACAUUGUGGUGUUUAUGUACGAUGACAUAGCUAACAACGACUUGAAUCCUAGGCCUGGAAUCAUCAUCAACCAUCCUCAGGGACCAGAUGUUUAUGCUGGCGUCCCUAAGGACUACACUGGUGAUCACGUGACAUCUGAGAACCUAUAUGCCGUUAUUCUUGGGGACAAGAGUAAAGUCAAGGGUGGAAGUGGAAAGGUCAUCAAUAGCAAACCCGAGGAUAGGAUAUUUAUAUACUACUCUGAUCAUGGAGGCCCUGGAGUUCUUGGGAUGCCAAAUAUGCCAUACCUUUAUGCGAUGGAUUUUAUGGACGUUUUGAAGAAGAAACAUGCACUUGGAGGUUACAAGAAGAUGGUUAUAUACGUGGAAGCUUGUGAAAGUGGGAGCAUUUUUGAGGGUAUAAUGCCAAAGGAUCUGAAUGUUUAUGUCACAACUGCAUCGAAUGCACAAGAGAGUAGUUGGGGAACUUACUGUCCUGGGAUGGAUCCUUCUCCUCCUCCAGAGUUCAUCACUUGCUUGGGGGAUUUGUACAGCGUUGCUUGGAUGGAAGAUAGUGAGACUCACAAUCUUAAAAGGGAAACGGUAAAACAACAAUACCAAUCGGUGAAGAAACGGACUUCAAAUUUUAACAACUAUGCUAUCGGUUCUCAUGUGAUGGAAUAUGGUGAUACUAACAUUACAGGAGAAAAGCUUUAUUUAUAUCAAGGUUUUGAUCCUGCCACAGUGAACUUUCCUCCACACAACGGCAAACUAGAGACUCAAAUGGAAGUUGUUAACCAGAGAGAUGCAGAGCUUUUCUUCAUGUGGCAAAUGUAUCAGAGAUCAAACCAUCAACAAGAAAAGAAGACACACAUCCUCAAGCAGAUUGCGGAGACAGUGAAGCAUAGGAAUCAUUUAGAUGGUAGCGUGAAAUUGAUUGGAGUUUUUCUGUAUGGACCAGGAAAAGGUUCUUCAGUUCUUGAAUCCAUGAGGGCACCUGGUCUUCCCCUUGUUGAUGACUGGACAUGCUUAAAAUCAAUGGUUCGGGUGUUUGAAACUCACUGUGGGUCACUGACUCAGUAUGGCAUGAAACACAUGCGGGCAUUCGCCAACAUUUGCAACAGCGGCGUUUCUAAGGCCUCCAUGGAGGAGGCUUGUAUGGCAGCAUGUGGUGGCUAUGAUACAGGGCAUUUACAUCCAUCAAACAGAGGCUAUAGUGCUUGAGUUUGGGUUGUGCACACGCAAAGCUGUAACACCCCGGUCGAUGAUGUAAUAGUGUUCUCAAUUGUAUUAUCUCUAGUCCCUUCCGGUUUCUGCUUGUGUUAAAUUUCUUCUCUAUAGCUUACAUGUAGUACGUUCAUGAUGUAGCCCACGUAAGUAGCCAACAUCACAUUUAACGGUUUUUUUUUUUUUCCUAUAAAAAAAGGGUAAGAAGGUAAGUCUUAGGCAGACUCUUUCGGAUAGGGUAAAGUGUUGGGAUACAAGCCCACACUAAACCCACACCAAUUGCAGAGAAGAGAGUGCACAAACUACCCACCUAUUUGAAAAACUAUUAUAUGCAGAAAAUAGUUAGGGCCAAUUGUCAUUACAUUUUGUGCUCUCGACACUUUACCGCUGAGUUAUACCCCAUUGACAAUUGGGCCUAGGUGAGUAACUUGUGCACUCUCUUC